CGUCUCUGUUAUUUUUAACAAUAAUAUAAUUGUUAAAUUAUAUUUUGGCAUGUAUAUUAUAUUAGAGACUUUGUUGAUUAUUUAUCUGAUACAGUGAGUGCAAAGUGUUGGGCAAAAUGAAUGUAAAGUUUUAUUUGUACUUUACAAUAUUUGGAGCGCAGUGUUCCUUCAUUACCACUUCAUAUUGUCAGAUUGGAUCGAUCGUAAACAACUGUCAGUAUACAGUUAUUUGUAAUCGAGAUUCUGGUGGCAUUACGAAUCCAUACUGCUCCAGUAAUCCUAAUGUAACAUUUAUUAUGAAAGAUUCUAUGUCUAGAGAACUCAAUUUUCCGUUUUUUGGUUCGACGAAUUUUGAUUCAAGAGUCCGUACAAUAAUUGGUAUUAAUAACGUAUGGCUUUCAAUUCAACGAGAAACAUUCCGAUAUUACUCUGGUUGUAUUACUCUGAAUCUAUCCAAUAAUAGAAUUGAAGUUAUCAAUGAAGGAGCUUUCUUACAACUAUCCAAACUAAGAUACCUCGAUUUAUCGCAUAAUAACAUUUCUAUAAUAGAGGAAGACACAUUUAAAACAUCAAAUAUUGACACAAGUGGGUUAUUGUUUCUUAAUCUAUCAUUUAAUAACUUAAGUAGACUACCAUCGGAGACGUUUAAACAUACACCAUAUUUAACUGAAUUGUAUCUAGAAAAUAAUAUUAUUAAUUCAAUAGAAAAUGAAUCAUUUUCCUCUCUAGAUGUUUUGGACACAUUGUCAUUGAGCAAUAAUAAACUGACGUCCCUCAACACAACGCUUAUUAAUUUGAAAUCAUUGAAAAAUUUAUUAAUCUCUAACAAUUUGCUUAUAAAAAUAUCGAGCUAUGAGAUAAAUCAUCUGAUAUCCCUUGAACAACUUAACUUAUCAAAUAAUGCUAUUGAAACAAUUGAAUCAAAUUGCUUUAACGCCGUAUUUAAUUUGAAAACUGUUGAUUUAAGUCACAAUAAAAUAAAUUCAGUAAUUGAGACAGUUAUGUUUAUCACUAAUAAGAAACUUCGUUACCUAAACAUAUUUGACAAUAAUAUAUCUAUUAUUGGUGAAAAUGUUUUUAAGAAUAAUGAUUUGUAUACUUUGCAUUUAGGUAAAAAUAAUAUAAGUGGAGAAAUUACAGGGAGUAUUUUUGCAGGAUUAAGCCAUAUAGAAAUAUUAGAUUUAAAUUCACAGAACGUAACAGCAAUUAAAAAUAGAGCAUUCUCGGAAAUGAAAUCAUUGAGACAUUUAAAAUUAAGUCGAAACAAUAUUACCAUUAUUGAACCUACAUCAUACAGUAAUGCAAAUGCUUUAUAUAUUUUAGAACUUUCACAUAACAAAAUCAGAGACUUAACUUUUCUAAAAGAUGGCUUGUUGAACUUAGCGGAAUUAUAUUUAGAUUAUAAUGAAAUACAAUUUAUAUCAAAAGAUGCAUUCGUUAAUCAAAUUGAUUUAAAGUUGUUAGAUAUAUCUGAAAAUAAAAUAACUACAAUUGAUCAGUUUGGAUUGUCAUUAACAAAAUUACAAUUUUUAAAAUUACACGGCAAUCAUUUAGUCGGUACAGUGAAAAGUAAUAUGUUUAGUCCCGCUCGUUUUUUAAGAUCAUUAGAUUUGAGUAAUUUCAAACUGAAAUCUAUAGAUAAUAUGGCUUUGUCAAAUUUACCACUACUGGCCAAAUUAAAUAUAUCUCAUAACGAAAUUAAAGAUAUUCAGUCUAAUAACUUUAUAAAUAUGAAUAAUAUAUAUAGUUUAGAUCUUUCUCAUAACGCCUUAUUGGAAUUAGAUAUUAAAAAUAGCACUAUGUCUAACUUAAAAGCCUUAUAUUUGAGCAAUAACAAGCUCACUAACAUUUCAAAAUUAUUUUCCCAACCAUCAAAUUUAAUAUUCAUAGAUAUUUCAUAUAAUGACAUAACUACAUUGUAUAAUAUUGGCUUUCAAAUGUUACCUAAGUUACAAAAGUUAGACGUGUCGAAUAAUAAAAUAUUGGUUUUUAAUAAUCCACAUAUUAACACAUUAACUAGUAUAGUAGACUUAAAUCUUUCGUCAAAUCGUGUUUCAAAUAUUGAGUUAGGGUAUUUCCAUGAAUUGCAAAGUGUGUAUGUAUCUAACAAUAACCUUACUAAAAUCAAUCAGACAGUACUUAGAAAUAUUCGUCAGCUUCAGAUUAUAGAUUUUAGCUUUAAUAAAAUCACUGUACUGGAACCAGGCAUAUUCCAGAAUGCCCAGUCUUUAAAAGUAUUGGAUGUGUCCCAUAAUUUAAUUAAUUCAUUGCGGUACGGUUUCCUUAGAGGCCUGCAUGAAACUGAGAUAUUGGAUAUAUCUAAUAAUAAUAUUGAGGAAUUAGAUGUGGACAUGUUUCAUGAAUGUUUGAAACUGAAAAUGUUAAUUGUUGACUAUAAUCGAAUUAAAACCUUAGACAUCGAAAGGCUGAUAUCAAUAACACCAAAUAUGAAUAUAAUAAGUUUUGGAGCAAAUCCUAUUUCAUGCAAGGAGAUAAUUCGUCAUAUAAGAUCUGAGGAGAUUAUUUCAAGAAAAAUACAACUAACAUCCACUGAUAAAGUAUUCCAUGAUGAUAAUGUCGAUGGAAUUAAAUGUGGUAAUAAUGAGAGGAUCAAUGUUACAACAAUGAGAUAUAGUAAUACAGAUUUGGCUAAGAUCUCUAAGGAAGAAAUUAUAUCAACACCUACUAUUCUUUUAAUAUGGUGCUCUGGACUUACGAUUACGACUAUAGUGUUUGUAAUAAUAUUUUUCAUAUUAAAGCGUAAACGUGUCUCUUCAAACAAUAACAUGGUGCCACUUAGAAAUUCUUUAGCCUCUAAUGCUGAUUAUAGUCAAGAUUUAUUAGGUUAAUAAAGAUUGUAUUAUUUGAAAAUAAUAAAGCGGGGUAAGACUGACAUAAUUUUUAAUGUAUGAAAGCAGAAAAAGGUAUAGAACCUGCAAAAUUGUCAGAAUAAUUAUUACACAUAUCAAUGAGAUUGUAAAACAGUGAUUUUUGUUAAUUUAUUAAAUUAAAUUA